GCGGGAGUUGGUAUCUGCUGUGAUUGAGGGGAAUACAUGAGCGAUGUGAGAUGGCGAAUAUGGGGAUGGGUGUACAAGGAUUGGUGAGCCCGAACAUGGGCAAUCCGAAUGUCAGUCCAACCAUGGGUAAUCCAAACAUGGUUCCGAUUGGGUCGGGGGGACAAUACAUGGGAUCGCCAAAUAGCGCCCCUGUAUCACCAUUCGGAACAGUGACAUGCCAUAUAUGUGGAAAAAACGGGCACUAUGCCCGUAAUUGUUGGCAGGCGCAAGCAGUUGGGAAACAGAAGAUUAGUGAGGAAGACUCCGAAAUGAAGGAGCUUUUUAGGAAGCUUAUGCAGAAGGAGCAGGAGAAACAGGAGAGGAAGCAGAGAGAAGCUGAGGAGACAAAGAAAAAGGAGGCGGAUGAGAGGAGGGAAGGGGAGAAGAUCCGGGAGGAAGAGGCGGGAGAGGCGCGAUUGGAGGCGACAAUAUUACGAAUCCUGGCGCAAAAUCGAUCAUCGGUUGCCGAAGUCAAGCCGGCGUGUGGAGUCGAUAAAAAAACGUCUCCAAGAUCAAAGGCGCGCUUACUACGCGAGAUUCGAAGCUAUAUCGCUGAGUCAGAGGAUGAGAGCGAAGAAGUAGAGUUAGAAGUGGAUAAGCUGGUUGAGGCACUCGAAGGGAGGAAGAAGAGUAAGAAGAAUGCGGUGGUGCAGUCGACGCUGCGAGCGGCGACUAGUCGGAUCGUGAGGAAGAGUCCCGACACACGUAGGGGAAGGAAGAAGGCAUCUGAACCAACGGUGAUCGAGGAAGGGUUUCUUACGCCAAAGAAAACGUGCCUGGCUGAGUGUUCAAGCGAAGGCCUGGUCGAAUUCACACUCUCGCAGUCCAAGCAAUUGAGAAGUCUCAAGGCAGGGUUGUUUGAUCAUGUGAUGGGGAAGAAGGUUGAGAUUAGCAUCGUCAUCACAGGAGGGAAGAUUUGGAUUGGAUCUAGGAAGCGUGUCCGGGGGAAAUAUGGCGAGACCAUGGUUAUUAUCAAUCACAAGAGAGAACGAUUGAGAGACGCAAAGCAGGAUAUCGAAUCUGGAGGUGUCCUUCGGGUUAUCAAUCUGAUUGCUACCUCAACAGGCGUGCAACGGAACAAGCGGCUUCUGAGGGAUGUACUCGUUCAACCAUAUCGAAUUAAAGAAAUUUACGGAAUGAUGAGUAAGAGACUCGUUGGUCUAUACCGGACUGCCGGACUUUUCGCUAGAGAUGCGACACGAAAUACGCUGAAGAGCAAGAUUGCUCGGGUUAUCAAAGAGCGGUUCGGAACGGACGUUCGUAGGAGAAUGAUCGUUAAGAUCCUGUUCUCAGCGCAAGUGGACAUGCGCGCUGUUAGGGAUCUGAUUACAAAGACCAUCUUGAUGUCCGUUGGUGAUCAAAAUGAGCAGUCACUCGUUAUAGAGCGUAUGAGGUUAGUCCGGUUGAAGAAUCGCAUGGUUGCUAGUGUGAUUCACAACUAUAGACAGAUUAUUGACAAAGGACAGGAAGUAUCGUUUUGUAAGGGGAUUUCUCUCGAUCGAUUUCAAGGACAUGUGCGGACUAGACAUGAUCACGUAGAAGGAGUUGAUAAGUUCCUUCAUAACUCGCGGAAUAUUACAGGCGGUAGGACGAUCAGUGAAUUACAGAUUCUAGAUUGCAUCUUCCAAGCUACCCCCAAAGGGUGGCGACGGUAUCUGUUGAUGCUGGACCGAGUUGACGUUCGACGUUGCUUGAAUGUCAAGAGCUCUGCACUUACUGCUAUGACUGAGCAUGAGGUAUCGGCGCAGGUUCUGGGGCUCCGGGGGCUGGUUUUGGUCCCCCAGGAUAGAAAUCCAGGUGCCACGUUAGUGAUCUGUCCGGUUCUGUAUCUACAUGGGUUUCGCAUGACAUUUUGCUGGAAUAUCGGGUUUCGUCGCUUGAUGAUGACAGAGUCACGGGUACUUACGAUGGGGAAGGAGGACUAUCAGGAUCCGGGGCUGACGAACGUGGCUACAUGGCGCACAUGUGGAAGGAUAGGGAGGGCAUAUGUCCUCCUGAAGGACAAAGAUUUUUCCAGGUGGAGACCGAUCUCCCCAUCAUGGUCCGAACCAUCUCGCACGGCUUGCGCUCGUCUUGGGAGAGCGAUUCGAUACAUGAUGUUGUGUCUGCCAGGGAGUUACCAUUUUAGCUUGAAGAGCACGGAUGACUUGAAGGCAACACUCACUAAGGCUGUGGACACGCUUCGCAAGACUGGUGACAUGGUCGUGGCGAGAUGCUACGACAUCAAGGAUAUGUUCGCUAAGCUUCCGCAUAGCGACAUAAUCUUAUUUGUUGCAUGGCUCGUUAGUACUCUUGAAAAGCGUGGACUCGUCGCGGUGAAGGUGAGUGUUCGUGGGAAAGCGUGCAAGAUGGCACGGACCUUGCGGAAGGAAGAUGGGUAUGUAUGUCUGACAUUCGGCGUUAUUAUGAAGAUGCUGCGGUAUGAGCUGGGACAUACGUAUACAAUGUGUGGUACCUUCGUGUACCAACAAAUCUUCAGCAUUCCAAUGGGAAAGCAUUCAUUUCCUGCUCUUGCCAAUCUGCUAUGUGCCAAGGCGGAGUUUGAUUUCCUGACUUGCAUAGGAAAUGAACGCCGCUUCAUCUCCGGUGUCAGGAUGGUGGACGAUGUGUCCGUGCUCGUAUCCUUUAUGGCAAAGGACGUGGACACGUAUCAGAGGGCAAUGCGGCUAUUUGAGGACUUCACAGAGGCGUACCCGCCGACACUAAAGUUGUUGGAAGAGCUUACUAAGAGUUUGGCGAGUAUGUCCGAGUUUGUCAAAGCGGAGAAACUAAAGAAGGCGGAGGAGGAGAAAGCGAAGAAAGAGGCGGAGGAGGAGGAACAAAGACUAGCGGCUGAGAAGUUGGAGCAGCAAAGAAAAGAACAAAGAAGAUUGGAGAAGGUACGAAAAGAGAAGGAGAGAUUGGCGGAGAUCAAGAAGAAGGUGGAGCUCCAGAUUGCUAUCAAGACAGGGGAGUUUUUCGACCGAAUUGAAGCGAAUCUGGGACCGGCACUGACUCUAGCUCGCAAGGUGAAGGGCAAAAAACGAGUGGUCUACGUAUCUGACCCUGAACCAGGUUCGGGGAAAGACAGUGACAGCAGUACAACGGAAGAAAUCCGAGCCAAGACAGGGCGCCUGGUGAUUAGUGAGAAGCGGAAAUGUGGUCCUGAACCUGAGUUUGAGGACAGCCCGCCGAUGCUAACACCUACGAAACGGACUCCGAAAGUUCCGAAAGAGAGAGCUUCUACAGGAGGCACCCGAUGCUCUAGAUCGAAGGCUAAAGUGAAGACUAAGCUGUCACCUUAUGUUGAGAAGUUGAAGAAGACCCCCGGUCAACCUAGUACAGUGGCGAAGCUGAGGUUCCGCAACCAAGUUAUUGAGGAACUCCGCGGGAUGGACGUGCAAGAAUUGCAGGCGAUUUGCAAAAGUGAAGGAGUAGCAUACAACGGCAAGAUCGAUGCCAACUUUGACAUCGCGAGUUACCGUACAAGAAAGACCUUCGGAGAAAUUGAACCGGUCGACCUAUCUGGGCAGAUGAACCUGAAUGAAGACAGAACUACAACUGCUGAAGACGAGGAGCAAGAUCAAGACGCUUGAUGCGUUUACGGAGCUGAAGAGAUAUGGCGCAUCAUCCGACUUUUGCCAAGACAAC